AUGCAGCUCUUGCAGGAAGGCCUCAAGGCCGUGCUCGCUGGAGACCCCUUUAUCGCCCAGGAUACCAUUCAACAAGGUCGACAAACAGAGGUCGAGCACGAACAACGCGCAAAGGUCAACACCGAAGACCAAUGGCAGCUUCGGGCGUCGAGGAGAGCCCCUGGUGGCAAGGGGACUUUCCAAACAAUGUGCCUCAAGCAAAAGUCACAGCGAAGUACGAAGCCUAGACUUAGCGACUGCGUCUCCCUGGCGCCCUUAAUCGAAGACACGUCAUUGAGUCUUGCGGCGAGGUGGCACUGGACAAUGAAUCCCAUGGACGCAAGCAUGUGUCCAUUCUCCGUUGAGGUCCAUGGACACGUUUGCCAGGCAAUAGACGCAGCCGCGAUCUAUGCUCUGGACAGCAUUGAGUCGUACAGGAGAAAUCAGAACCAUGGACGAUACACCACGCCUAAAUCUGCUUCUGUUGCCUUGACAGCACUUCGCGACGCAUUGGAUGCGGACGACCGCUUGGCAAAUACCACUCAUGUCGUGGCCGUGGGGCUAAUUCUGGCUGCCGAGUGCUGGCGAGAGAUUACGUCGAUAACCAACUCCAUACACGUCUUUGCUGUUGUACAGAUGCUCGAGCUACGGAUAGAGGCAGGCUACUUUGGCGACACGGAUCGGCAACUCAUUCGCUCGAUAGCAAUGUCUGCCAUGAUCGAGGCGGUACUUGCAGGAUGUGACUGUAUAUUGGGAGACAAACUCCUACUACACACGCCUUCGAACCUCUGGUCCGUUCCCAAGACCGACCGUUGCUUGGCUGCCGUGGAUCUCGUCAACACUAGAAUUCUGCUCAUCCCAAGGGCUAUCAGAUUACUCCGUGAAUACAGCCAAACGUCGGACCCGGCAAUCUACGAAGAAGUCGUCAAAGCUCUGUCGGCAGUCAACGAUCUUCCAGACGCUCCUUUAAUUAUGUCAAUGAUUGCAAGCAGCUCAUGCGUGGUCUCAGACACAGCGUACCCGUCAUCGGCACCACGGUAUCCACUAUCGCAAGCAUUCGCCUUCGAUUCUACUACAGUCCUGCAAUUGGCCGUCCAGUUCUACAUGUAUAAGGCGCUACGAUCAAACCUGGCGUUGAGGUGUCUGGACUUAGGCAUAAUAAUACCAAGUCCGACAGCAGCUUUUGGUCCGAAUGCAAUGACCCUACAGCACGAGAGUGCUACGGCGGCCGAGAACCUUGUUCGAUGCGUUCCAUACUCUGUGUCAUUAGACACAGCCAUUCCUCUGGGCGCAAUCAGGAUGCUCAAGGCUAUGAUGGUGUCUUGGACCUGCUGGGAUCUCCAGCUAGACCAGACGCCGUACAGAUCGUCAGCCAGCCAACACACUCGCAAUCACUCCGGAUCCUCGAACAGCUCGCGACACUCCUCAAGACAGCCAUCGCGCGCUUCAAGUUUAGAUCCCGAGCUACCUAUUCCCGUUGGACCUCUGGACCAGCCCGGACGAAAAGCUCCGGUCGACAUGUUUGUCUGGCCACCACUACGAGCCAUGUUCGAGUCACGAGUCUCGUCACCCACACCUCCAUCUACACCGCCUCAGAUGACUCUGCCCAUCCGACCUACGAGCAAUGACAAGGCGACUCACGCAGUGCGAAUGCGGACUUACUGCGAAGAGAUGUCCAACUAUGGUCUGGCACGAUGGGGCGGCAACAUAUUGACGCCAUCAAACUUCGCACGAAUGAGGCGAGUACUGAUGGGUGUCGAUGAGGCUCCACGGCGCCAGGAAUCGCCCGGAGCAAAGGCGUCUCAAGUCGGUCAGCAGGCUGGUAUGGUCUAUCCACGACACUAUACCCCGAGGGCUCAUUAUACGGAGGAAGCCAUCAUGGACGAGGUGAUGCUGCAACCCAUUCCACCGAUGUUGGCUGUUGCCUGA